AUGCCGUCGCGCUCGCGGCGGAACUCAGAGCAGCGGCGGCGCGUGGAGCAGCCGGAUCUGCAGGUGCUUCCGCCGCACGUAUGGGGCACGAUCGCGGGACUCGGCCUAGCGGCGACGGCGCUGCUUUUCGCGAUCAUAGGCGUCGCGACGGACUGGGAGGUCCCCGGCUUGCCGUACCUCUACAACGGUCUCUUCGCGCUCUCCAUCGUGCUGUGCGCUGUCGUCAUGCCCGUUGCGUGGUCACAGCUGCCGAGCGGCAUGAGGGCGCGGUUGAAAUGGAAGCGGCGGAGCAAGGACGUGCAGAUUAACAUGGACACCCCUCCCUGGGCCACCUCCGCUGCUGCUGUCUGCCGCGUAUUACACGUGGUGGAGGCGUUGGGGUUACCUCGGGAGGUGGCAGCAGCGCGCCUGCUGAAGCACGGCCGCAACGAAUACGAAACCAUGCCCGUGCCCUCCUUCCCGCUCUUCCUCAUCGCCCAUCUCUACACGCCCACACGGCUGCUCCUCCUGGCGCUGGUGGUCCUCUUCGCCGGCCUCACACCCCCAGAGGAAGCCACACUCGGCGCGCUCUGCUCGCUCGCCCUCCUCCUCCUCCACCUCUACGCCGAAUGGCGCGGCCGGCACCGUUUGGCCGCUGCCAGCCUGGCAGCGCCGCACGAGGCCCUGGUGCUGAGGGACGGUGCGGCUGUGACCGUGAGCCGUGCGGACCUUGUGCCUGGGGACGUGGUACUGCUGCGAUCUGGCAUGGAGGUCCCAGCGGACCUGCGACUCCUCCACUGCACGCUUCUCGAGAUCGAUGAAUCAGGUGUGUCAGGCGAGUGGGAAGCAGCGCCCUGCCCCAAAGACGCCUCCGUCACCCUCGACCCCGCCGCCAAAGCCACCCCGAUCGGGUGCCAGAACAUCGCCCUCGCAGGCACCAUGGUCACCUGCGGGUACGGCUCGGGUGUGGUGUUCCGCACGGGCAUGCAGACGGAAAUCGGGAAGAAGCUCGCGUCCGUCUCGCAUGUGCACGCGAUGAGGAUCGGAGGCGGAGGGGAGACCUCCCCGCUGCUGCUGCUGCUACGCUCGGCUUCUAAGCAGAUUGCUUUUGCCUCGGUGGGAGUCAGCGUGAUGGCUGCUGCGUUGGGAGUGUUCCGGCAGGUGGCGUGGCAGGAUAUCUUGCUCGUCUCUCUCGUGCUUUUUUUCGCCACGCUGCCCGACGACCUGCCCGCGCUGCUCUACUCGACUCUCGGCGCCUGCAGCCACCGGCUGGAGGCGAACGAAAUCUUCUUCCAGCAGAUGAAGGCCAUAGAGAACCUCUCCUUCGUCGACACCAUUCUCACCGACAAAACCGGGUGCUUAACAGAGGACAAGCCAGCCCUUCACGAGCUACUGGUAGCAGACACGCCUGUUGGGGCGGAGGAUCUAGCAGAGGCGACGAGAGCGGUGCCGAAAACAGGGCCUUUGGCGGAGGACGGGGCGAUGAAUGCGCUGGGACGGCUGUUUGAGGCUUGGGUGUUUAUGUCUGAUAUGGGUGAUGAUCUGCUGAGGGAUAGCACGGGGAUGAAGAGACGGAGAGGUACCAGUAGUAGCACGGGGAGCUCGUCCUCUCUCAGUGCUGCUGCUGCUGCUGCUGCUGCUGGGUCUUCUGCUGGUGGGUUAGCAGGCGGGGGGGCAGCAGAUGGCGGAGCAGCUGGGUCAACGUUGGGUGCAGCAGAUGGGGCAUCGUCGCCGUCGUCAGAAGCGGAGUUCCUUGCACGAGUGGCGAAAGAGGCAAGGGACGCAGGAGCCGGAGCGGCGUUGCAGAUUGACAUUGGGGAGAGCGAGGAGCAGAGCGAGUCUCUCUUGGAAGGCGGCUCUGUUUCGUCUACUGGCCCCAAAGGCGUCGCAUCGGCAGGAGGCGCAGCAGGAGGUGUGCGCACUGCUGACGUGGCAACCAGAGGAGGCCACGUGGACACGCUCGAUUGGGCGAUCCUCGCAGCAGUCGGCGGGCCGUCAGUGCUAACAAGCCUCCCGUACGAGGGGCUGGAAGGGGAGGAAGAGGCGGCAGUAGCAGCGGCAGCAGCAGCUGUAGCGUCCACGAGAGGCCUCCGACCGUUGCACGACAUGCUGCGGCGAUGCUAUGAGGCCAAGGCUGCUGCGGAUAGGCUGGCGGAUACCCCGUAUGAUGCAGUGCUCAAGUGUGCCACGAGAACGUAUGCCAAUGUGCCGGUGGCGGUUGCAGAAGGGGGUGUGGCGGCUGCAGCGUCGAAGCGGGGAAAAUCAGUGCAGCAGAAGCUGCUGGCGCUGGGGAGACGGGUGUACGUGCGGGGCCCGCCAGAGGUGCUGGUGGAGCAGUGCGGCAGCGUGCUGUGCCAUGGCGAGCCCGAGUCCAUCUCUUCCCUGCGCCCCGCUCUGCUCAAACGUAUUCAGGAGCUCGCCGACCAAGGCUACACGCUAGUGGGCUAUGCAUCUGGCAGCACAGCUGAUCACUCCAGCCCCCGCCAUUCCUCCUCCCGCACGGCCCUCGUCUCCUCCAUCGCUGACUGCACCUUCCUCGGCCUCGUUGCUCUCUCCGACCCCACGCGCGUGGACGCCGCUGCUGCUGCGCGCUGCUGCCGCCUUGCGGGGGUGCGCCCGGUGCUGGUGACUGGGGAUCACCUGGGGACAGCCGUGGCUGUGGCAAGAGCGGCUGCCAUCUGCUAUCCGCAUCAGGUGCAGCAGCAGGAGGUGCAGCAGGACGCCAUCUCAUGCACGGAGCGCCCGCCAGCUCAGAGCACAGGCGAGGAGCUGCGGGCUCUGGUGGCAGGCACUAGCGUGGUGGCACGUGCAUCCCCCACGGAUAAGCUCUGCAUUCUGGAAGCUUUGCAAAUGAAUGGCCAGCUCGUGGCUGCUUGCGGGUCAAGCCUGACAGACGCGUCGGUGUUAGCAGCAGCAGACGUGGGCAUAGCGGUGGGCCCGGCCCCAGCAGCGGUGCGCGAUGCAGCGUCCGUGGUGCUGCUCGACCCCUCCUUUGGCGCCGUGCGCUUCCUGCUCGAGGAGGCCCGCGCUGCUCUCAGCAACGUGCGCAAGGGGCUGGCGCUGGAGCUCGGCUGCAAGCUGGGGCUGGCGCUAGUGGUGCUGCUGGGCACGCUGUGGCUCAGGUGGGUGGGCUCUCAGCCGUCUGCGCCUCUGAUCUGA